AUGGUUGGUUUCGGAUCAGCAAAGCACCAGAAGGAGGAUGUUGCAGAUAUCCCCGCCAACUUGUCCGACUUACACUGCUUCACCGAGACAGACAACUGUAUAACCACAACAAUGAUGGACCUUCCCGGCUACCGCGUCACCAAAGUCCUUGGGACAGUCUACGGCGUCACGGUGCGCUCACGCAACUUCGCCGCAAAUUUUGGCAUGGCUAUAAAGAGCUUGGUAGGCGGCGAACUGGCCUGGUACACUUCGAUGCUGUACUCUUGCCGCAACGACUCCAUCAGCCGGGUUGUGCAAGAAACGAAGAAGAGAGGCGGAAAUGCCGUCAUUUGCCUGCGCUUUGAGACUGGGGAUUUGGGAGCCUAUGCACUGGCGAGUGCGUAUGGGACUGCUUGUGUGGUUGAGAAGAUUGAGGGCGCCAACGUUGAGGCGGUUCAGUUGACGCAUUAA